UCUUCAUUUUCUUUUUGUUGCUUGUUCUAGAAAAAGGAAAGAGCUAAACCAAAAUAUGUGGAAGGUGGCGUUGCCAUAGCCCAGAAAGAGGCGGCACCCCCACAGGCGGAUGCUGCCAUAACCCGGGAAGAGGGGGCACUCCCACAGGCGGAUGCUGCCAGAAAAACAAAACUGGAACUUGUAUACUUUGAUGAUACAAUGCGUUUUUCACUCAAGGAUCUUUUGAGGGCAUCAGCUGAGUUAAUGGGGAAAAGUACUUACGGGAAUUAUUAUAAAGCAAUAUUGGAAGAUGGUGACGAAGUUGCAGUAAUGAGAAUGGGAGGAGAGUUAGUUAAAAAUCAGAGAGAGGUUAAAGAUGAAUUAACUUUGCUCGGUGAAAUUAGGCAUCAAAAUCUUUUGACAAUAAGGGCUUAUUAUAUGAGUAGUGAUGAGACACUUUUCGUCUAUGAUUACAUGCCCAAAGGAAGCCUUGCUGCUUUUCUCCAUGAUCGAAAAAGAACACCGGUAGAUUGGUCAACAAGAAUGAAAAUAGCUAAAGGAGUGGCUAAAGGAUUGCUUAGCCUCCACACCCAUCACAAUAUAAUCCAUGGAAAUCUAACAUCAAGCAAUGUUUUGCUCGAUAACAACAUUAACCCCAAGAUUUCUGAUUUCGGGUUCUCAGAGCUCAUAACAAUUGCUCCAAACUCAAAUGUGAGUGCAACAGCCGGGGUUCUUGGCUACCAGGCUCCCGAACUUUCUAAACUUCCGAAAGCUGAUACUAAAACUGAUAUCUACAGUUUGGGUGUGAUCAUGUUAGAACUCCUAACAGGUAAAUCACCAGGAGAGGUGGAAUUAUCUAAAUGGGUGUAGAUGACUGUACGAGAAGAGUGGGUUUCUGAGGUUAUCGUUCUUGAAUUGCUAGGUAGAAAUACUUCACUUGAAAAAAAGAUGGACAAAAUGUUGCAACUGGCUAUGGAUUGUGUUUCCACAUUACCACAGGGUCGACCGGAUGUUCACCUGGUUCUUCAGCAGCUAGAAGAGAUUAGUUUAGAAACGGCCCCAAGUUCCAGUGAUGUUACGUUAUUUAUUUAUGUUUUUAGUAUCUAAACUUUGAUUUCUAGUUUGAGGGUAUUUUUGUUAUUUUCUAUUAUGCAAGGGGUAUGAUUGUAACUUUCAUAUCUAUUUAUGUUAAACGUAUGAAGGAAU